GUUAGGUUAGAGGAAUAUAAACGACUUGCAGGAAUUGGAAACAUAAUGGGUAUUGAAAACUAUAUACUAAAUCCAUCAGAAACAAAAGUACUUUUUCCACUACUAAACGAGAAGUCAUUUAUUGGCGCCUUGUAUUCUCCCGGGGAUGGGGUGGUAGAUCCUGCACUACUAUGCGCGGCGUUGAAAAAAUCUGCACUAGCAAAUGGGGCACAUGUAAUUGAAAAUUGUUCUGUAGAAGAUUUGUUAACUUCCGAAAACACAAUCGGGAAAAGAAAAAUUAUAGGUGUGAAAACACAAUAUGGAAACAUCAAAACGGAUGCAGUAAUAAAUGCGACAGGUGUCUGGGGACGAGACUUAGUUAAAAAAUAUGGAAGCAACUUACCUCUUAUACCCAUGAAACAUUCUUAUAUCGUAACUGAAUCAAUUAAUGGAGUUAGAGGUUUACCUAAUAUACGUGAUCAUGAUUAUUCUAUUUAUUUUCGUAUUCAGGGUGACUCCAUUUGCAUGGGUGGUUAUGAGGUUAAUCCAACUAUAUUGAAAAACGUUCCAAAAUCUUUUAAAUUUGGACUAUAUGAUCUUGAUUGGACUACCUUUGAACCGCAUAUUGAAAAGGCAAUUGAUUUAUGCCCUCAAAUUAAUCAAAGUGGUGUGAAAAGUACUAUUUGUGGUCCAGAAUCAUUUACACCAGACCAUAAACCAUUAAUGGGCCCAGAUACAAAUAUAAGUGGAUUGUAUCACAGUUGCGGAUACAAUUCAGCUGGAAUGAUGUUUGGAGGUGGUUGCGGAGAACAAAUAGCUUGCUGGGUAAUAAAGGGACAACCAGAUCUACCAAUGUUUCAAUUUGACCUACGUAGAUUUUCAGAAACACAAACUUCAAAUCAUAAAUGGGUCAAAGAAAGAAGUCAUGAAAGUUACGUUAAAAAUUACAGUAUAGUAUUUCCGAAUGACCAACCUUUGGGAGGAAGAAAUAUCUGCAUUGAUCCUCUACAUAAUGAUAUGUAAGAA